UCCCUUCCUUUAUUCUUUCCAUUUUUCCUUCAUUUUUCUCUCUUUCCCUCCCUCCUCUCCUCUCUCUCCUUCCUUCCUACCUUCUUCCCCCCCCCUCUCUUUUUUUUCAAUAAUGCAAUGAAUAAAAAUUCAGAACAGCAAAAACAGAAAUCAAUCAGGAGAUUUUUAUUUAAAAGAUAACCUUUUUUAAAAAAAAUCCUCCUUAAUUUCUACUCAAGAUAACAUGAAGUGAUAAUCAGAUAAUAAUGGCCAUGAUACGUUUACUGCCUUUUCAGUGCCCUCUUCAUAAAUGCUUCCUACCAGAACUCUCUCAGAGAUGUGAACAAAGCAUAGGGGCCUUCAGUUCUCUCUUCCAUAACCCAAUCUUAGAAGAGGCAGUCCAUAACAGGCCACUGCUUCCCCCCCAAGGUGAUGGGACACCCUCUUUUUCUACUGACAGUGGUGGCAGCCAGUGAUGGCUUUUUUUUCCGCAUCAGGGCACUGAAGGAUGGGCUAUCCUAAUGAUCCUUUAUAAGCCCAUUUGUCACAUGGCAUAAAGCCAAGAGGCCACGUUGGCCUACUUCACAGAAUAACCCAGUGGUCCCCGAGCACAGAGGGUUUCACUGUGCUACAGUGGAGAUACCUGAAGCAACAAUGAUGGGUGGAGAAAAGAGUUGUAUCUUGGCAUCUACUAUUCACUUUAAACAUCCUGAAGAAAUGAUGACUAGGACCUGUCCAGUGAAUGCCACGUCCUUCUGUGUGAACCUGGCAUAUGCUGUAUAGGAACUCAGGGGUAUCACAUAGGCCAAGUGCUGUGGGCUUGACCAUAGCAGAGCAUCAUGGUUCUCACUUGGCUUGGCCUCUGUCUGUUAAAAAGACUCAGACUGAGUGCUCACAGGCUGCAGUCCUAGAACCCCAAAACCCGCUUGAAGGGAUGGGGACUGAGCUGGUGAUGGUCAUCGUUUAGAGUCAAAGCCACGAAUAAGUCUCAGAAAGGGGCCUUCGGAAACACCAGUGUGAGUGCUGGGAUAGGAGAGGAGGACUUGGAGAGACAGUGACUAGACUAAAUCAGCCUGGGAGAGCAAAGCUGGGAGGGGUGCUGGAGUCAUUCCCCGAAGUCUCUUUGUAGGAUGGGGAGCUUUUUAGGGCCCCCAGGCACCCGUUGCAGGGAGUAUGGCCAGAGUUGCAAAAGAUGAGCCCUUAAAAUGCAGUUAAGUGAAGGUCCUCAUGCUGAAGUCAGAAUGAGGCCCCCUUUUAUUAGGGAAAUUGCUAAAGACUACGUGCAAAAAGUCAGCUAAGCAGUGUGUUAAUCAACUUAAUGGUUUUGUUUUUCAAGGUUGAAUUUCUAGAUGAUUGUUCUUUAUGACCAGGAAGGGUCAGGCAUGAAGGCCGUGGACAAUGCUCAUGGCUCAAGGCAUUCCCUAAGAGCAGCUGUGAAAACAUGUCCUAAGGCCUUGCACCUGCUGCAGCCUUUCCCUUUUGAGGUCUUUUCCUUUGAUGUUUUUCUUCUACAUCUCCCCCAGAUACGGAGAACACAGCUAUUUUCACUCUUCCAAGAGCUAACAUUAUAUGUCAAUUAUAUCUCAGUAAAAAAAAAAAAUGGGCAAAGGACCUGGAAAGACAUUUCUCCAAAGAAGGCCUCCAAAAAGCCAACAGGUACAUGAAAAGAUUACUCAACAUCACUAAUCGUCAGGGAAAUGCAAAUCAAAACCACAAUGAGAUAUCACCUCACACUUGUUAAGAUGGCCGUGUCAAAAAGAAAAGCACUAACCAGUGUUGGCAAGGAUGUAAAUAAAAGGGAACCUUAUGCACGGUCAGUGGCAGUGUAAAUUGGUUUAGCCAUUACUGCAACAGUACAGAGGUUCCUCAGAAAGUUAAAAACAGAACUGCUAUGAGAUCCAGCAAUCCCAUCUCUGGAUACAGAUCCAGUGGAAAUGAAGUAAGUGUAUGGAAGAUGUAUCUGUACUCCCAGGUUCAUUGCAGGACUAUUCAUAAUAUCCAAGACAGGAGAACAACCCAAGUAUCCAUCACGGAGAACCAUGAAACUGUUGAAUAUGACACCAUAUCGGAGGAUACGUGUAUGACUAAUGCCAGAUGUUAAUAAUGGGGAAAUUCAGAGGGAUGGGCAAAGGGAGUAGAUAGGAAGUCUUUUUGCUCGAUUUUUCUGUAAAGCUAAAACUGCUCCAAAAAACUUAAAGACUAAUAGUUAAAAGAAAAAAAAAGUAGGGAGGAAAUCUCCUUUACAUGGAUUUCAAAAACCAAAAAGUCUCUACUUUUUUUUUUAGGUGUUUUCUGAUAGUAUUUUGUUUUCAUUUCUAUCAGUUUUAUUCCCUUUCAUACUUAAACACACUUCUUAGUUUAUCAGUCGUCUUUUUUUCUCUCUCUUAUUUCAGGAACACUGAACCCCCAGAUCAGUGUUUGGUAUAUACAAUGUCACAGUGACUCAGGCAAAAUCGCUGCUUUCCUAACUGCAUUCACAUCCUCACUAUAAUGUACAGGGAAGCCUGGGACGCCCCCCUGGAUAGUAAAUAGCAUCAAACCAGAUUCUGCGUCCUUGUGCAUCAACGGGGCAUAGAACGUUGGACUUUUCUCGGAUCUCUCUUUUCAGAGUGACCUCCUCCAUGUGAAAUUACUGCACAGUUAAAGAUGAAGUGAAAAAAAAUAUGGAGCAGAAUGGAAUGGCAGAAAUGAAGACUUAAUGGAGACGCUUCUUGGGGAGAAAUCCCCCUCAGACUUCUGCAUUGAGGAAUCUAGAUCCUUCUCCCCAUGCUGUCCUUGGAGUGCCUGGAUUAGUGGGGCUGCGCACCGUUCCGCAAUGACCUCCCUUGCUGCAGCGAAUGCAGAGUUUUGCAUCAACCUGUUCGGAGAGAUGGAUAACAGUCAAGGGAAUGGAAAUGUGUUCUUUUCUUCUCUGAGCAUCUUCACUGCCCUGGCCCUGGUCCGUUUGGGUGCACGAGGUGACUGUGCUUCUCAGAUUGAUAAGAUACUUCACUUCCACAGGGUCUCAGGAUGGGGAAACUCUUCUAACACUCAGCCAGGACUUCAGUCUCAACUGAAGAGAGUUCUCUCCGACAUAAACACAUCCCAUAGGGACUAUGAGCUCAGCAUUGCCAAUGGUCUUUUUGCAGAAAAAGUGUUUGACUUUCACAAGAACUAUAUUGAGUGUGCUGAAAAAUUAUACAAUGCCAAAGUGGAACGAGUUGACUUUACAAAUGAUGUAGAAGAUACCAGAUAUAAAAUUAAUAAAUGGAUUGAAAAUGAGACACAUGGCAAAAUCAAGAACAUCUUUCAAGAAGGUAGCAUAAGUUCUUCCGCUGUCAUGGUGCUGGUGAACGCUGUGUACUUCAAGGGCAAGUGGGAGUCGGCCUUCUCCAAGAACGAAACCCUAAAUUGCCGUUUCAGAUCUCCCAAGUGUCCUGGGAAAGCAAUCACCAUGAUGCACCAAGAACGGAAGUUCAAUUUGUCUGUCAUUAGGGACCCGCCCAUGCAGGUUGUUGAGCUCAAGUAUCAUGGUGGCAUAAGCAUGUACAUAAUGCUGCCCGAGAAUGACCUGUCCCAAAUUGAAAACAAGCUGACCUUUCGGAAUCUAAUGCAGUGGACCGAUCCGAGAAAAAUGAGCUCUCAGUAUGUCGAGGUGUUUCUCCCUCGGUUCAAGAUAGAGAAGAAUUAUGAAAUCAAGCAUCAUUUAAGAGCCCUGGGGCUGAAGGACAUCUUUGAUGAAUCCAGAGCUGAUCUCUCCGGUGUAGCUGCUGGAGGUCGUCUGUAUUUGUCCAAAAUGAUGCACAAGUCAUACAUAGAGGUUGCUGAGGAGGGCACGGAGGCGGCCGCCGCCACAGGGAAUAACAUAGUAGAAAAGCAGCUCCCUGAGUCCAGGGUGUUCAGAGCUGAUCACCCGUUCCUCUUUGUCAUCAGGAAGGAUGACAUCAUCUUGUUUAGCGGCAAAGUCUCUUGCCCUUGAAAAUCCUGUUGGUUUCUAUUACAGUAGUUCCCUGCAACAUCAAGGAACCACCACAAGGGAAUAGAUUUGAGUGUGACGGAAGCACGUGGUGUUUCCCUUGCAUUUGCUUCCUUCUAAUAUUGGUCGGGCAGAUGAUUUGGGUGUCUUGACCCUUCGCAGACACCUGGUUGCUUGUCCUGAUCCCGCUUUAGCCUUUCUACUACCAUGUGCCUCGCCCAUUUCUAAGUUCACUCUCUUUUUACCCCCACUCAUUCCCGCCAUUCUCCCCUGGAGCCCCUUGCACCCAGAGCUGGGCCCCGUCUGGGAAUUGUGGAGUUGCUCUGCUGGCAGUGACGAUGCAGAAGCGGCCCUCGGAUCUUGUCUGAAACUCUGUACUGGAUAUGGAUAUCCCAGCUACUCCGGUUUCAUGGUUAACAAGCUCGGAAGGAAGCCCAGCUACUGAACCUGGGUGUGAGGGAUAACCUUUCCUUGCCGACCUAAGAAGACAGUAGAGCUUACUUUCACACAUCUAAUUUGAAAUCAGUGUCUAAUUUAGAUGCUAAAAACUAUAGAUUUGGGAUUAGGGGACAACGAAAAUAUUUCGUCAAUAACUUCAAGUUGAUGUCUUUCGGUCUUGAUACAGACUUUUUUUUUCCUUGAUAGAGACUUAAUAUGUACAUAGUUUUUCAAAUAUUAAAUAUCUUUUCACUACUGCCAUUUGUUAUUUACAGUAGAUAUCUCAUGUGCUGUGUAGUUUACAAGUUUUUCCUCUUAUUUAUCAGAAUAAAUAAAUACAACAGA